AUGCAAGGCAUUAAAAGACAUCACGGCGUGCCAAAACGUGUAAAACUCCCAAUCACCAUUGCACUGAUGCGAAUUCUUAAGGACACCGUUGCAAACCAUCCCACUAUUUGCAACCAUGACAAAGCUAUUUUGUGGUCUGCCUUCACACUGGCGUUCUUCGGCUUCUUGAGAGUCAGCGAAUUUGUCGCACCCGCGUCAACCACCUUCGACCCACAAUGCACUUUACUGACGACAGACAUCACUUGCAACACAGACCUCGUCAUUGCGCUCAAGGCUUCUAAGACAAACCCAUUCCGCCGGGGAUGUAACAUCAUCAUCGCACCCUCACAGUCAUCGGUCUGCGCUGUGCAGGCAUACCAGGCGUACAAAGCACUACAUAGUUCUGUCGCUCACCUACCUGCAUUCCAGUUCGCCAACAGUACUUUCCUCAUGCGCCAAGCUGUUAGCAACCACAUUCAAGACCUUCUCACUCGCGCAUCUGUGCCAGAUGUUAACUGUUACACUACUCACAGUUUCCGCAGUGGUGCAGCCACGACAGCUGCCGACGCAAAUCUCCCGGACUGGUUGAUCAAGGCACUGGGCAGAGAAUUCUACUUGGUCGUUGAUAAACGUACAAG